AUGUAUGAAUCGACUUCCCUAUCCUCUUCCUCAUCCUCCUCCACAUCUUCAUCAUCAACAACAACCACCACCACCACCACUGUCAUUCCCAAUCAUGAUCAUGAAUGUGAGGAUGUAAUGAAUAUGAACAAUGAAAUGUUUCAAUUGCAUCAUCGUACUCUAUAUUCUAUCAACCAUAAGGAAAGAAGGAGGAAUAGAGAAUAUCAUGACUCCUCUCAGAUGAAUUCAUCUUCCUCACCGUCCUUUACCUCAUCCUCCUCAUCCUCCGAUAUUUGUGGAGAAGAUGAUGGCACGUUCUAUCCUCUACUCUUUUCUCAUACACUUCAAACCAAUUUCAAAUAUGAACAGGCAAUCAAAUAUAUUGAAGCGAUCAAACAAGUAUUUCAUCAUCAACAACAAGAUCCAUCAAUACUCAUCAUUACAUCUUUUAAUACAUCCUCCUCCUCCUUCAAUGAUGAUUUUAUAUUUUUACAAUUAAAUUUAACGACUCAACAACUCAUGCAAGCCUUGUUGCAAAAUCAAAGUCAUUUACGAUUUCUAAAUUCAAUUAUUUUUUAUUUAUUUAAAUAUGAAUAUCAAUCUUCCAUUCCACGAAUCAUUUACUAUUUAUCAUCUUUGCAAUCCACACUUGAACAACGAAAACACACUUCCUGUGAUUAUACUUUUAUAGGACAAAAAUAUAGAGCCAAUUAUCAAAAUGCUAAAGCUAAAUAUUUCUAUGAAUUAGCCUAUGAAGUAGAUCCAUUGAAUUUCCUAUUAUAUUUAUAUUUAGCAAAUGUCAGUAGAGCCACCGAUUGUGUCAUUUAUCAAAAAAGAUAUUUAGAAUUAGGAAUAUUCAAAAUUAAGCAAGAAUUGAAUUUUCUUGAACACUACAAACAAAUUCAUCGAAUACAAACAAAAAAGAAGAGUAUGAGUGUUGGAGUUGGUAGUGGCAGCAAUAUUAGUGUUGGUGUUGGAGUUGGUAGUGGCAAUUCUACAAGUUCUAUAAUUACUACUACGACAAGUAAUACCCAUCGUGAUGAGAAGAAUGAAAAGGAUGAGAAGAAUGAAAAGGAUGAGAAGAAUGAUGACAACAACACAUGUAGAGAUUCUAACAAGUACCACUUGAUGGAGUUUAUCAUUGAAUACUAUGAACAUCAACUCAUUGAAUAUUAUCAUGUAUUGAAUUUGAAUCGAUAUGUCAAUGAUAAAUCAUCUCUCGUGUUGUUCACAACUGACAGUGAUACAAGUGCCAAUACGAAUACUUCAACCACUACUUCAUCCACUACUUCAUCCACCACUUCAACUCCACUAGAUUCUUCUCGUACACGAAAUACUAUUACUACUACUACUCUCUCUCAAAUCGAUCAAAUGACACAAACUCUUAUUGAUCAUUCUCCUCAAUCCUUUCUAGCAUGGUUCUAUCAUGCCUUUUAUUAUGGAUUUGAAUAUAGUGAAAUGUAUUCUCAUGUGCAUGAUGGAGCAGAAUUGGAUGUUGUUGAAUUUGAACAGUCGUGUCGAAAGGCAUUGCGUUCCUUUCGUGUUUCGUCUUCUCUCUUACACUAUCCUUAUACGGAGAUUUAUUUCCCGCUCAUUUUGGAGAAUAUGGGAAUGAUUUAUGAAAAUUUACGAUUGUAUGAGAAGGCUUUGAAAUAUUUCCAUGCAGCAUGCCAUAUUGGAACACAAUUGGAUUGUUAUUGGUCCUUUCUCUCUCGAAUGACCUUGUAUUUGUAUCGAUUGGAAAAUCGUAAUGAAGAGGCAUGUUUGGAUGGACUUGUCUUGUUACAACAUUGUAUGUUGAGGAAUCCAAAUGAUCCAAUUCCUCAUGAUAGUGGAAGUACGAAGAAGGAAUCUAUCUCAUCACCAACUCUAUCGAUCAUGAAAGAUGGUUUGGACAUGAGCUUUGUGUGCAUGCAUCUCAUUCGAAUUGCUGAAACCUUUCUCGAUGGUAAUUCUGUACGUCAACCCACCUCUAGCUUUAUCUCCACUCUGUCAUCCUCCUCCUCCUCCUCAUCAACAACAACAACAUCAACAAUUACUACCACAACAACAACAACAACCAACAACAACAACAACAACAACACUCUUUUACCUUUCGAUUUGAAUCAAGUAGAACCCAUUCUCUCUUCACUCCCUAAACAUGUCAUUGAAAAAGAUGAAGAUGUACUCAUUAAGAAAUUUCCAUCACUCAUGAUCCAAUCACAGCAGAUUCAUCAUUACAAAUUAUCACCUCGAGUACUCAAUUUUACUCUCAAUGAUAUUAUUCACUUGUUAAUGCAAUGUGAUGGACAUUUGUAUAGUGUGAGAGCACGAUGGUUUGAAAAACAAUAUAUUAAGAGUGGACAUCCUCAUCGAUUCUAUGCAUUGACUUUACAAGAAAGAUUGGAAAUGUUGAGAGAAUGUAUUCAUAUUGAUAGUUUAGAAUUGGAGUGGUUUAUUGAGAUGGAUACAGGUCUGGAAGGAUUCUUUGAUCCUCUUCCUCCUCCUAUUGGUCAUAAUACCUCACCACCUAUUAAGAAGGAAUUCAAGUAUUUGUGGUAUCAUAGGGAUUCUACAGAGAGGAGUCAUUGA